GGAACUGGCACGGAAGAUGAGGCGGUAACUAGACUACUCUCCGGACUUUCUGGAAAAGCCGAAGAUCGCAUGUAAACAUUGAUACAAAAUAUCGGUAUUUUCAAGGAUUGGCUGCAGUUUUUCAACAAGUUUUAUUCUUAAUUAUACUAAACAGAGUUUAUUUCACAAUAUCGUGAACGUUUUAAUGUUGAUUGAACUCUUGAUAUAGAAGAAAUUGCCUUGUAAACUGAAGUGUUUUCGCUGAGUUGAGUUUUGAUUUGAAUGUUCAACGUGCGUAAUGGCUGCAUGAUGAGUGAAAUUUAAUACAACGAUGAUCGGAUGACGCAGGUUGAACAUGGCUGAAAUUUAUCGGGAUCCGUGAGCGUUAGAAUUUCUUUCUUGUCAAAAUUAAGUACCGGAUCAGUCCAAUUAUCAGAGGCAUGAUGGAGGAGCAAGGUCUUUAUUCCCGGAUCAAUGAAAAUGAAAGCCAUCGGCAGCACCAAGAGCUUAUGUGGGGACUCAAAUUCACGGUUGAGGGGCUGCUGGCAGCGCAUACCACCAAUGUGUGGUCGACGUAUGGUGGACUAACAAGACUGUGCAAUCAAAUAGACAAAGUCAUGCGUCAUCGUCUCAAACAUCCAAAGGGAGCUCAGUACACAUCGGAUGGAGACUAUUGGGACUUUGUCAUGGGACUGCGUCGUCUCCAGCCAGUUUUGGCUCCCUCUGUUGACCGUUUGCAACGCCGUUCCACAGAGCAGGGGAUGGAGGCAGGAGGCUUGUGGGUACACACGAGUCUGGAGUCCCAUACCCUAGCCAGCCAGUUGAGGCUCUUAGUGGACGACAGGGAGCAUCUGAGCAGAUACUACCAUGACGAUGCUUUUCUGUGCAGCGAAGCCCACUUCAAGGCACUGUACAUCUGCCUGCAAUCUGUGGAGCAGAACAACGCCUCACUGCUGGCAGACUUGGAUCCAAUGCUUUUGCAGGACAGGAUGCCGUCAACAAACACACGGACAAGGCACUCGUCUCUUGUUGGUAUCACAGCGGAUAUGAGCGCUCCUUCCAUGCGACAAAGGAGGAUCUCUCUUGACGAGAUUGAUCCUCCUACAUUUGCUUCUCCUAAAGCCGAGAGCAUCUUGUCAACGUCCGAUGAGCAUGCUCGGCCGAACCCGCCCACCCUCAAGCGGCACCAGUCAGAAUCAGCUCGCACCAUGCUUCUGUCGGUGCUGAGUAACACCGGUGCCGACGGACAGGUCCGACAAAACUCAGACCAGCUCCCUAAAACUGUCAAUGAUCCGCUGAUGAAUAUGGAAUUCCCCACGAAUGACAGCGCAACUUCCCCUCCACGGAGGAAAGUCUUGAGGAGGGCGAAAACAACCAGCGAUUUACUUGCUCCGACUUUUGCGUCUCAAAACAAAGAGCCGAAGCUGCCUUUUGAGUACAGCUCCUCUCCCCAAGCCGAGAAGCUUCUAGAUAGCCUGGGAAGCAGUCCUCUGGAAUCCUUACACGAGGAAGACAUUACUGAGGAAACUUGUGAGUGCAAUACCAAGGUUACCUCAAGUAGAGACUCAAUGGUUCAGAAGACUGUUACCUCAGAAAAGACAAAGACCGCAGACGUAGAGGAUGAAACUCGCUGCAGUGUAUGCGGGAAGACCAGGCAAAGUGAGCCGAGUAGCGUGAGUAAACUCUUGAGUAGGACCUUGUCAAGCAUGAGUCCUCCACGAGCGAAGAGCAGCACAUACACUAAAUCCAAACCGUUGAGAAACUCACAGACCAGCUUGAGUGUUGCUGAACAUGUCGCCAAGAAAAAGAAAAUCUUAACUCACUCACGGUCAAAGUCGGACCAUGCAAUCAAGCCACCACUAGCCUACAUGGCAGAAGCAUCUGCGGGUAUCAAAUCGGCAGAUAAUACCAGCAACUCCUUGCCAGCAGAAAGCCACAUAGUUUCACCGCGCAAGAACAGCUUGUUGAAUUCAGGUGCUAUUUCGCCAGCCACAGAGUGCUACUUCCCCCAGCCAGCCCAGGGUCAGUCUCUCAUGAGCUUCCUCUCAUCCAGAGACUUUGAACGAAUCCCAGAGUUAGACAGGGAAAAUGCUCACUUCAGUAUAUCAGAAGCCAUCAUCGCGGCCGUUGAACAGAUCCGAUGCAAGCAGCAACUCACGUCAGUAUCCGAUCACGAGUCAGACGCCUCAGAUGAGGAGAUCCAGCACCUCAAGCAGCGCAUCCGGCUGCGACGUAACGAGAAGCGGAGGGACAAACUCCGGGGCGGUUUCCGUCAACUAGCCACGCUGGUCGGCGAAAACAGGAGCGACAGUGGGCUCAACACCUUGACCAGUUCAGCAAGUACCCUUGCUUCAAGUAGCACAAACAGCACACCGCAAGAUACGGCCACAGAAAGCGAAGAAGAUUCAUCUGAUUCAGAUUCGGUGGAAGAUCUCGAUCUAGCCGACCCCAACCAUUCCAACCUGCAGUCCCUACAAGCCAUGGGAUUGAGCGCGUCGCUUGCAUCACUCUACUCAGAUGCUGACAUAGGAAGAGUAACAUCCCCGUCAGCAAUAUCGAAUGAAUUUUCACCAACAUUAAACAGCAACACGCUGUCGGCCGAGUCUGUCGCCCUCUGUCUGCUCAGCAAGUUCCCAGCCAAGCACCUGCCAGCCGCCUCUGAGCUGCAGUGGCUGGUGUCGGAGCAGGACGCUCCUCAGGCACUCCUACCAAUGCCCAAAUCCUUACCAGUAUCUCCAGAUGAUGGUGAAAACGCUGACAUCUACACAAAGAAAAGUACACGAUUACGUGGCAAUGCUGAUUGGGCGCCACCUAGAGCCCAGAUCAUAUUCAAUGCUCACCCACCUCCAAAGAGAAAAGUACUGGUUGCAAAGCAGAACUAUCGCUGCGCUGGAUGCGGCAUGAGAAUAGAAAGAGGUUCUGUGAAGAGGUUAAGAUACUGUGAGUAUCUGGGCAAAUACUUUUGUCACUGUUGUCAUAGCAACUGCUCCGCUGCCAUCCCGGGUCGCAUUCUAAGGAAGUGGGACUUCCAGAAGGUCCCCAUCUGUAACUUCUCCCGUGAGCUCCUUGAGAAGAUGCACGAGGACCCGCUGUUUAACAUCUUGGAUAUAAAUCCGUCACUCUACAGGAAAGUUAAGCAUCUCAACACGUGCAAAGAAUUGAGAACGCAGCUUUUCUUCUUGAAGGACUUCUUAAAGACAUGUCGACUGAGCCAAAGUCUCCAGGCAACCUAUGAGUCUCAGCCUCACCACCUACUCAACGAGCCGCACCUGUACUCACUGAGCGACAUCUUUCGAGUCCGCAGCGGCGAGAUGGAGUUGGAACUGACACAGCUGGUGGAAGAUGCAGUCGCUCACGUCAAUCAGUGUCAGUUGUGUCAAGCCAAGGGAUUCAUUUGUGAAGUUUGCAACAACGACCAGGACAUCAUCUUUCCUUUCCAGCUGCAGAAAACCUACCAGUGUCAAGGUUGCUGGGCAUGUUAUCACAAGGCCUGCUUUCUGACUGUUGACGCUUGCCCUAAGUGUGUUCGGAAAACUGCAAGAAAGAUCAGCCAAAACUCAAACCCGAAAGGUUUCUUAAGUGACGAGGAGGAGUCUGAACCAGCUAGUAUUAAGAGGUGACAUCCUGUAAGUCAUAGGCGAUUAGGCUGAAGUUUGAGGCAUUUUCAGGGACGUGGGAUGAGGUUCUCAAAGAGAAGGAGACAGAAUAAGGAAAGCACCUCCUCUUAGACGGUGAAUUAUACGAGCAGGUUGAACCAGUGGUUGAUAAGUGGUUGAUUCGGUACUCUCGCCUUUGCACUAAUGGGAACAUGCAAAUCGAAUGAAUUUUGCUCUGAUCGUCGUACUGGAAUUAAAACAGUUUAUCCAAAACAUGAGAUUGACACGAGAGGUCCGCUUGCGAAGUAACUUAUAAGAAAAUCGGUGGAAGGGUGGCAUUAAUGACACCUCAUCGACAGACUUGUCCAAGUCGAGAGAGAAAUCAGAUUCAUUUCCAUAUAUAUUUUGUGCUGAUUGCUGAUGUAGCUUAAUUUAUUGUGGUUAUACAUUCUAAAUAUAUAUUUGUCUCAUUUCUUUUUCAACCAGUUGAAAUGCAGAACUCAGUAAAGUUUCCUAAUUUGCUUUUGCGUGACCAUAUAAUUGCAUUUUGUGACCUGACUGGCGAUGAGCAAUAUUUUUUUCUGAAAAAUGGGUAUUAAAUGUUAAACCAUAUCAGUAAUGGCAAUAAAAGUAGUUCCACUUGCAGUGAAGCAUUUAAACAUGUAAACUUAACUAAAAAUCAGUCAACUCAAUAAAAGUACUUUAAAUACACAUGUUACAAUAUAUUUUCACAAGUUCAGGUGUUACAUAAACACUUUAUUAUUAUACUUUUAUAACCAGUAAUAGUUAAAAGCCAGUAA